CCUCCUCCUCCUCCUCCGGGGCCCAGCCAGGAGAGACAGCUCCCGCACCGCCAUGGCGGGGAAAAGCUACGGCUACUACCGGCUGGUCAUAUUUGCCGCCAUGUACCUUGGCUACACGCUGUACUACUUCAACCGGAAAACCUUCUCCUUUGUCAUGCCGUCGGUCAUGGAGGAGAUAGACCUGGACAAAGAUGACCUGGGCCUGAUCACCAGCAGCCAAUCUGCCGCCUACGCCAUCAGCAAGUUCGUCAGCGGAGUCCUCUCUGACCAGAUGAGUGCCCGCUGGCUCUUCUCCUCCGGCCUGCUGCUGGUGGGCAUCGUCAACGUGGUCUUCUCCUGGAGCUCAACAGUGGCCGUCUUCGCUGGGCUGUGGUUCCUCAACGGGCUAGCCCAGGGCCUCGGGUGGCCUCCCUGCGGGAAGGUGCUUCGCAAGUGGUUUGAGCCUUCCCAGUUUGGGACGUGGUGGGCGGUCCUCUCCACCAGCAUGAACCUGGCCGGCGGGCUGGGCCCCAUCGUGGCUGCUCUGAUGGCGCUGAGCUACGACUGGCGCACGACCCUGGCGCUCUCGGGCUCAGUGUGCGUGGCUGCCUCCGUGGGGUGCCUGCUUCUAAUCAAGAACGAGCCCUCGGACGUGGGGCUGCCCAACAUUGAGCCGGGGCCCAAGAAAGGGAAGAAGGGCUCCUCGUCGGAGGACAGCACCCUGGCCGAGCUCCUGCUCUCCCCCUACCUCUGGGUCCUGUCAACUGGCUACCUGGUGGUCUUUGGGGUCAAGACCUGCUGCACGGACUGGGGGCAGCUGUUCCUCAUCCAGGAGAGGGGGCAGUCGACAUUCGUCGGGAGCUCGUACAUGAGUGCCUUGGAGGUUGGGGGCCUGGUGGGCAGCAUUGCAGCCGGCUUCCUCUCAGACCGAGCCGUCGCCCGGGUGGGCCUAUCGCAGUACGGGAACCCUCGGCACGCACUCCUCCUCUCCAUGAUGGCCGGCAUGUCUGCUUCCAUGUACCUCUUCCGGGUCACAGUCACCAGCAGCUCUCCCAAGGAAAGCAGCUCUUGGAUUGUAGCCCUCCACCCUCUUGCUAUCCUUGUGGGCUUAACAGAACAUGAGUUAUGGAUUCUGAUCUUGGGAGCUGUUUUUGGAUUUUGUUCUUAUGGACCAAUCGCAUUGUUUGGCGUCAUAGCCAACGAAAGCGCCCCGUCCAACCUGUGUGGGACAUCGCAUGCCAUUGUGGCGCUCAUGGCCAACGUGGGAGGCUUCCUGGCCGGACUGCCCUUCAGCACGAUCGCCAAGCACUACAGCUGGGGAACGGCCUUCUGGGUAGCAGAGCUGAUGUGCUCCGCCAGCACCGUGGCCUUUUUCUUCCUGAGGAACAUCCGCACCAAGAUGGGCCGCGUGCCCAAGAAGGUGGACUGAAGCCCGGGAGUGACACCGCUGCGGAGGAUCUUCUCGCUACCCCCACAGGACAGGCAGGGCAGAAGCCAGCUUGGGGGCUGCAGGCUUUGGCCGUCUCCUGAAAUACCUGGCAAAGCCCCACUGUGCCCUGGUGGCUCAAGCCACUCAUCCUGGGCGGACCUGAUUAACCGACAGUAGCCAAGCCAAGACGUGGCAGCGCCGUUGGUGACCCAGAACCAGCCCCCCCCACACACACUGCCUUCUCUCUCUUCACUGUUUGAAUGGUGGCAGGUGAGCAGAACUGCACCCUGCCCCACCUGCAAGCUGCGUGAACAGCGGGGAAGGAAGGAAGGACGGACUCACUCACUGCAAUGCUACCUUGUCUCCCAAAGUGACAUGUCUGUCUUCUGAGACUGCCUGUGUGCUUCAGAGAAAUGUGAUUGGGCUUAGGAAAGGAUUGCCAGAAAUGUCUAGGCCCAGGAAAAUGUAUGAAGGCUACACCUGCGGGAUAUUUGCACAAGCAAAACUACUAUCGCCCUUCUCCUUGGUAGUGAAACAAUGCAGCACCCAGCAGUUUUGCAGCUGCUGUUUGGAGAACAUCUUGCAAUGAGAGUGGAGAUGGCUCCAAAUCAAUUCACUGUAAUGAAGUAUCCACUGACUAAAAUAAACGGUGCGAC